AUGCACGGGGGCGGCGUUGGCGACGUCACUGUGGCGGAGCUGCUGCAGUCGUGGGUGCCGCCAGAGACGCGGCUGGCGGACGCCCUUGAGCGGGUUGGGACGCUGAUAGGGACGCAGGAGCUGCAGCGGGCGCUGAGGAGCGUCCCCCCGCACGCCGCCGCACUUACAGCGGGGGACGGCGUCGCCGCGGCGUCGCUGGCAGGGGAGAAGUUCUUGAAGGCGCUUGCGUCGGAGUACGCAUUCCUGUCAUUUCCGAAGGGCGACACCGCGAAGCUCACCAACGUGGCGCGCGUGCUCCUCUCCUCCGACACGUUUGACCCGGAGCUGGAAAAGUUCCUCGGCGCCACCCUGGCGGCGCGCAAGGUGUUCAUGCCCUUCUUGGCGCUGCUGCUGUGGGCGCGGGGCAUUCCUGCGGCCUCCUCCCUCCUACUCCCCGUGCUGCGUAGCGUGAUGUGCACCGGCGACUACGCGGUGUCGCUGCCGGCUAUUCUCUGCUGGCUUCGUCCCGGCGAGUCGUUUGGGCGCCUGACGCACGAGCAGCAGAUUGAGUUGCUCGUGGAGGAGCUGGGAAAACGCGGGGUCUGCGUGUCGCGGGAGGCGGAAGCGUCAGAGUCUAGCGAGAGUGCCGCGGUGCGUUACACCGUGCGGGUGAAGUGGGAAGAGGAGGCAGAGUCCUGCAAGAAGGGGGUGACGCUCCCUGGGUUCUACGCCAUCGUCACGGGCGAGGGAAAGAAGUUCGUCGCGCGCGAGAAGUUGAGCAAAAAGACACAGCGCGCGCACUUUACGCUUUCCCCGGUGAAUAUGAAAAUGUGGAUGCACGAGGUUCGUCACCUGCUGCGCUUCCGGCCCCCGUACGCCGACGUCUUACCGGGGGACUUCCUGGCAAAGGUGACGUUCUGCGAGGGGUGGAUUCCGCUGAGCGAGAUGUGCCGCGUCCUGGCGACGCGGUCGGCGGAGACGCGCGCGUUGGUGCCCUCGGAAGGGGCGCUGCAGCAGCUGCUCGAGAACCACGACCACUUUCAGCGGUACGAGGUGGGCGUGUGCGAGGUUGCAGGGGGCGCGUUUACGGGUCAGUUGUGCGCCCGUGCUCUGUACGCCCACGUGGGCGCUUCAUCGCUCUGCACGCGCAUCUUUGAGAGGUUUGCGACCGUCAAGGACCCGAGCGCGUGCCCCACCUACGCGUGGGCGUCAUUGCAGGACAAGAAGCAGCUGGAUCGCGGGCUUCGCAAAGGGCCGUACAUACUGCACGAAAAUCUCCGCUUUGUGCAGGUGUUUCCCGCGGAAUCGCUGGCCGAAUUCAGCUGCUAUCAACGGGAAACCCCACUGGAGGCGCAGUACGACGAGAAGCUGGGGGUGGACAAGCCUCUCUGCUUUUUGGAGUUUUGCCUUCGGGCCGCGGUGCGGGAUGAAAAGAUGGAAGUGCUUCAGUCCCCACAACGGGGGGAAGCCGCGGUGCACUGGUACGUCUUUUCGGACCGCAAGGAGGACCCCGAUGAGGAAAAUUUGCAGGUCCCACGGUAUUACUUUACUGGCCGCGUGGCAACGCUGCGACGCGGCGUCCCCGGCGACGCCGCGCACGGCGACGAGACGACCACGACGGCGCAGGAAGCGAGUCCCCCGGGUAUGGCGUUUGGCUGGCGCGGGUUCCUGAAAAACGUUGAGCCCGUUGGUUUCUCGGAGGAGGAAGUGCGCAGCAUCUUUGGCUCCGACAGGACCGAUGCGCACAGGGACGACGGCGGCGACGCGGCGGCGGCAACGCAGGAGGAAGAGUUUGUGAUCUCCAGCGGCGUCUCCGUCACGGCUCCGUUGGAUACCGAGGCAGCGAGGUCGACGGUGCUUAGCUUCGUGCAGAACUCGGAUCUGCUCGUCACGCGUGUCACAUUUCCAAGGCGGCCGCCUGGCGGAGGCCUGUUUUUCAACCGUCAAAAGACCCUUACUGAGUUUAAGGCUUGGCUGGUGGAGCUGGGGCUCGUGUACAGGAGCCCCGCGGCGGCGGAGGGCGCCCUGGAGGAGGUGUACGAGAUCCGCAAGCGUGGACGCUGGAGCCAGGACUUCAUCGACGGCAUUGCGAAGGAGUUGGAGCUGGAGGACAUCCCGGACCGCGAGCUGCUGCUGCGGGCGGUGACCCGCGAGUGUGAAAGCAAGGAGAUGAACUACGAAACCCUGGAGUUCCUCGGCGACGCCGUGGUGGACUUCGUGGUGGCCUUCGACAGCUUUCUGCUUGGGGAACCGUGGAAACUGCACGUCGUCAGGGAGGUGUGCUGCAAUGAGGUGUUUGCCCACCUCAUCCCCGCCUCGCUGAGUGCGACGCUCGCCCAGAUUUACCCGAGCCUGUCGACGAAGGUGCGGGCGGAUAUGAUGGAGGCCAUUAUGGGCGCCGUGUACCGCAGCCAGAUGGGCCUCGACCGGGUGCGGCAACAGCUGCGGCACUUCUUUAGCCGCAUCCCCGCCGCCCUCGCCAUGGGCGUCGAGGAGCAGGACACCCGGACGCUGCUGGAGCAGGCGGCGGCGGCCUGCCCAUACCUUCGCGACGACGCAGAGCUGCUUGAGGAGCGGUACAAGUACGCGUGCCUCGCGCUGAUUGACGAAGGUAGCGCCGCGGAAUUUGUGUCCUCGGUUGCCCACUCCCCCGCCUCUUGCUGCAUGAGCCACUACGCCUCGACACCGUUCAAGCGCAUUCAGGACAAGGAAUACGCGACGCACUUCACGACAGGCAGCAUUUUUUCCUACCGGCGCAUUCCUUCCAUUGACGUCCCCGCGCUAUUCAACCGAAUUCUGGACGCCUUUUCCAGCGGCGCGACCGCUUUUGUUAACGAGAUCAUCACAGGCGAAACACACCUCACCUUCGACGUGGAUGGACUACGAGUCACUUCCUGCGGCGUCGCAAGAAUGAUUUGGGAAUGGUUUUGCGGCAAAUUCGCGUCCCGGUCGGCGAUGCUGCUCCUGGACUGCUCGGGUAUGUCGGUUGUGACGAAGAAGAUGAAGCGGUCGUGCCACAUCCACUUCCCGCAGGCGGUCACAAGCCUGGAACGGGUGCUGUCGCUUACGGAUGACCUCCGACGGCACAUUGUGGGGAGGCUGGCGUUUGAGACUCACCUUGGCGAUGUCCUCGGCUUCCGCGGGCGGGAGGGCAGCGCAGAACCCGCGGCUGUCAUUGGGCAAAUUGUUUUCGCGACGGCGUACGCCAUGAUGUGUCUUCCCCGCGAAAGAGACAUAAUCUGUUCAGAUCCCUUUUUGGAGUACCUUGACCUACGCAGCAUGUUGUGCCUCGGCGGGACGUGUGCUGCGGUGCGGCAUCGUGUCUUUGCGUACCUCACUGCCUUGGCGAAGCCGCCGGCCGGUGCGGCGGGCCUCCGCAAAUUGGUCCCCAACUGUUAUUUUUUUGCCCAAUCUGACGGCAGCAGCGACCAGUACGUUCUCAUGAAGGUGUGUUGGGCCUCAAAGGACGCCGCCGGUGUGGUGGGCAAUUUUAUGUGGUGUCCCGUGAGCAGGCUGGUGGAACUCAGCGAGGAGCAGCUGGGCGUGGUGGAGUCCGUCGAGCGCGUCGUGGAUGGAAAGGCGAUGAAGCCAAAGGAGUUCUUUCUCGGGCAGGUCACGCCGUUGCGGGAGAAGAGUUUCUUUGCACCGGCGUUUUGGUUCCGCGUCAUUGACCAGGCACUGGUGGAGAGUCGAAAGCUGCGAAUGUACCUGAACGACAAGUACGACAUGGUGUACGGCAAGGAGUACCGCCCACUCUUCCUGGACAGCGUCUUUCACGUCCAGGGCACAAUGCGGGCGGUGCGGCCUGACAAGGGCGUCCCUUGCGGCGUCGUGCGGGCCCCCACUGAUGCCUUGAGUGAGGAAAAGAUGGACGAGUACCCUGUCGAAAUGGCACACGCAUCCGUGCUGCGCCUCACCUCCCUUCGCUGCCCCGAAUACCGCGAUGUGCAGGGGUUGAGACGACACGCCUGGUGGGACGGCUGCGACGACGACGCCCACCUUGGCGACUUUGACAGCAUUAGGGCCGUCGACGACCGACUGAAGUCCUUUGAGGAUUAUCAGACACACGGCGGCGUCCCUGGCGACGGCUGGGAAGUUUGGCUCAACGCCACCUGCGGCAUAGUGAUCGUCGGUGCCGCAACUUCUCAGGGGAGCGACGCCGUGAAGACCGCGGCACUGCAGCCCGCCUACUGGACGUUUGCAAAAAAGACCCGCCAGGCGCGACUUUUGGUCGCGGGAGAAGUGAUGCUCGCCGUUGGCCCCUGUGAGACCCUGCAGCAGGCGCUGGAGCAGAGGCGCGGCAUGGAAACGAUGGCGCGACACCUCGUCCCCAGCAUCACGAUGAAGGAGUUGCCGAUUGAUCCAAGGUGGCUGACGGCGUACGCGGAGGACGUUUUCCCGUUGUUUCUCGGCCCGCGCAAGAAGCCUGCUGCCCACGCUGCGGAGCACGCAGAAACGGCUGGGCCGCCGCGGGACACCGCCCCCACCACUUCGGCUGGCAGAAGCAUCCUCCGCGGCUUGAGUGAGAAGAAGAAGGAGGAGAAGAAGGAGGAGCAGGAGGAGGAGCAGCGGGCAGCGGCAGCACCCAACAGCGGCCCGUCAACCACGUUGAGGCCGCCGCCCGGAAGGAAGGUGCGGCUGCUGCUGGACAACUGGGACGGGAGUGGCCGGUGCACUGGCCAGGUCUAUGCGGCGAUUGUGGCGGCGUUUCGUGGUCCGUACCGCGCCUCGCUAUUCGUCACUGCCGAAAAAGGCCUCUUUGCGUUCCUAUCACAGCGCUUCCCCUGUGUUGUAUCCCCCCAAUACUUCACGUCGUCCCCCGUGAAAAAGUUCGGCUUUGUCGCACACAAUUUAUUUGACUACGUCUUCGUUGUUGACCGUAGCGCUGAACCGUACAGUAACGGGGACCUACUCGCUGCAAUGUGGCGAAGCCUCGCGGUGGGAACAGGACGGAUGUACGCCUCCAGCGAGGACAUCCGAAAGUGUCUACUGCUGUAG